AUGAGGCCGCCUGCAUCAGCGCCUGAGUUUGGCCAGCUGUCGGAGGCGGUGCACUUCCUGGAGGACCGCGCCUGUGGGCGGUCGCGCGGCGUGGCGGUCGUCGACUUCAGGGCCCCAGACGCCGCCGCUGCAGCAAAGGCGGGGCUCGCGGGGCGCGUGUUCGGGGACGGCAAGGCCUGCGCCCCGACAUGGGCGGCGCCGGGCCUCUACGCCAACUGGCAGCCGCGCGCGCCCGCGGGUGCAGUUGCGGGCGCCGUCCCCGCUGCCGCCUUGCCCGGCGGCAUGGGCGGCGCCGGCGGGUUCCCGGCGGCGGCCGCGGCGCACCCACAGAUGGUUAUGGCAGCGGGCGGCCCGCCUGGCGGCCGGAUUAUUGGACCCAAUGGACCCAUCGGCGGCGGCGGCGGCGGCGGCGGCGGCGGGGCUGGCGGCGCCGGCUACUUUUCGGGUGGCGGCGGCGGCGGCGGACGCGGCGGGCAGUACCGUGGCGGCGGCGGCGGCGGCGGCGGCGGGGUGAUGGUCGCGGCGCCGCCGCCGGGGGCCGGCAUGGCGGCGGGGCCUGGGGGCGUGGUGGUGCUGCCGCCGCAGGCUGUGGCGAUGAUGUUCCAGGGCGGACUCAUGCCGAUGCAGCCGGUGCAGAUGCCGGGGCGCGUGAUGAUGGGGGGCGGCGGCAUGGGGCCCGGCGGCAUGGGCGGCGGCGGCGGGCGGGACAGCGGGGGGCCGGACGCGAAGCGGCAGCGGUACGGCGAGUGA